AUGUCGUCUGUACAAUUUUGUGACUCAACUGACGCUAAUGAUCAAAUAACUCAGAAUGGAUACAAUCAAUUCAACAUUCUUUGUCCGCGAUGUUCCAGUAUUGUUCUUCGCAAGAAUACAGCAAAGCUAGCCAACAAACAACACAACUUGCCCGUAUUUGCUAAAAAAUCGGAACUAUCUAAUCCCUCCAAAGAAUUCCCUACGGAACUAACUAAAGAAUUUUGGUGUGUUAACGAUAUGUACGCAUUUGAAAAUGUUGGAUUUACAAACAGCGUAAGCACAUUUCGUUACCUAACGUGUGCUGAUUGCGAUCUUGGACCAUUGGGUUUCCAUGAUACUCAGGAAGGUCCAACUAAUGCAUAUUAUAUUGCGCUAA